UGAUGCACCAGAAACACCGGAGCCAGCAUCGGGCCUUUGUCCGGAGUGGAGAGGUAUAAGGGAUUGUGCGGCUUGUGGUCGGUACCUCAGUCCGUUGGAAGGAGGAGGGCUGCCGGUAUGGGGGUGUAGAGAUAUGCGGUUCGGCCGCUGAGGGGCGCUGCGCGUGUGUGGCCAUUGUGUUCUACGGAUGAAAGUGAUGUGGACGCCUCGUUCUAAAAUAAACCCAGCCGCUGCAGAACCUCUUUGAGCAUCUGGUGAUGGACAUGGAAUUCGUCCGUAUUUCAUUGUGUUAUCAAUGAAGAGUCAUCCUCCCUUAACCCGUUAAGUGCUGGUCCUUUUUUUUUUUUCUUCUUCUUCUCUGCCCUCUGGGUGUUAUGACGUCACUGCACAGUCACAUGACCUGGGCCCCUCUGGUGCUCUGACCUGCUGCAGGGAUUUGGACAGUAGGUUGUCAGCAAAUCCCAGAGACCCAGAGGUAAGACCAGAUUUUACAGACCUAUGUAAUUUAUGGACGAUGGAGAUGGAAAAGAAUCACAUGAUGGAGAGGAUCCUGAGCCUUGUCCUGGAGAUUGUCUAUUUGCUCAUCGAAGAGGAUUAUAUAAUUGUGAAGAAAUCUGGUGACAAUGUGGUGUACAAAAGAAGCACCCAGAGCCCUGACUUGGAGCAUGAUGAACCUUUAGAAAGGAACAAGAAAAACAAUAUGGUGGCAGAUCUCACCAACAAGGUCCUGCAGCUCCUGACUCUAGAGUCAAACAGUGACUUAAAUCAUGACAUGGAUUGUAAAGGUCAAAAGAGGGAUGAAGAGAAGAAAAAUGCUGGGGAUCAUCUCUCAGACACUGAGGGGUCAGUUGUUGUCAUGCCAGAAAUUCAACCCACCUCUGGGCCCCUGUGUUUUAAAACAGACAGGCUUGAUGAUGAUAUCCCUCAUAACAUCUCCAUGAUCAUUUGUCAAGAUAGCGCAACACAAACGGAGGCAACGAGCCCUAUUGAAGAUGGACUUCUGCCUGAAAUUUACAUACACGUUCCCAUUGACCAGACAGAAUAUUUAUCUGUUUGCAAGAGGGGGGGCACAUCCUCUAGUGACUCAGCAUUCAUUGCUAGUAACAUUUGUAAACCCUUGGUACAUACAGUGGUACAUGGACAUACCGAGGAGGAUUUAAUGGAUGGAUCUAUUGAUCCUAAACCCCCAUUGACCGAAUACAGAGUUAUUAAAAUUAAAGAGGAACCUGUUGAGUGGGAGGAAGAUGGAUCUAGAUUAGCUGAACUGCCUAUACAAAUUGAGCACCCACAGUCUCGACCUAAGUGCAACGUUUCUCUAUUUCCCGAAGGUGUAAUAGAACAUGAACAAACACCAUAUACAACCAUGCAAAUUAAGCAAGAGCCAGCCUCGGAGGAAGAGGGGUCUCGCAUACAGACUGGCAUAUCUGUAUCAGUAGAACAGUCACAAAGGCACUUUGUACUAGCCAAGAGUGCUGAAGAGAGUUUCAGGGCCAUAGAUAUCAAUACAGGCUCUGAUAAUUCCCAAAUAGAUUAUGGCUCUACUUUUAUAAAGGAGCAAUACUAUGAAGAUGACGGCAUGCAAACAAGUACUGAGGAUUUACCGGAUGCUCAGCUAUACCAGGAACCGUAUAUGGAGGAGAUUACAUAUGAAUACUAUUCAGCUCAUUCCAAUGACUUACACCAGAAAACAGACAAUCAGGACAAACCCUUUUCGUGCUCAGAAUGUGGAAAGUGUUUCAAAUAUAACAGUCUCCUAAUUCACCACUCGAAAUCCCAUCAGAAGAAGCCACUGAUAUGUUUUGAAUGUGGGAAACAGUAUUCUUGUAAAACAGAGUUUGAUAUACAUCAGAGAAUUCACACAGGUGAAAAGCCUUUUGUGUGUUCCGACUGUGGGAAAGGGUUCCGAAGGAAAUCUCACAUGCUCCGUCACCAGCGUAUUCACGGAGACAAGGAGAUUUAUACUUGUCCAGAAUGUGGCAAGUCUUUCCAUCGACAGGAUGUCUUGAACCAACAUCGGAAAAUACAUAAAGCCAACCAAGCAGAGGCCUACAGUCCCACUAAACACUCUCAAACACAAAGUCCCUAUACAACCUAUGAAAACAUUGAGACUUUUCCGUGCUCUGAAUGUGGGGAGACCUUUCAUGAUGUCUCACAACUUGAGGAACACCAAGUAGUUCAUGCAGGGGAGAAGCCAUUUUCUUGCACAGAGUGUGGAAAAUCAUUCCGUUUUGAAGCCCUUCUAGAGUUGCACUGGGGUAGCCACAUUACUGCAAUUUCUUGUCCUGAAUGUGGAGAGAGUUUUGCAAGUCAGAGUCUUCUUAACCACCACCUGAAGAGUCAUGUCGGAGCAAAUGAUUGCAUUUGUUCUGAAUGUGGUAAAGAAUUCCCUAGUCGUUCCCAGCUGGUUGACCACUACAGAACACAUACAGGAGAGAAACCAUACAUGUGCCCUGACUGUGGAAAGUAUUUCCGUAGGAAAGCACAUGUUGUUAGGCAUCGCAAAAUCCACAAGGGCAAUAAACCGUUUUCCUGCCUAGAAUGUGGAAAAUGCUUUGAGAACCAAGAGUUUCUGGAACGCCAUGCAAAGAUGCACAAGAAAAAAAGACCAUACAUCUGCGCUCAGUGCGGGAAAAGUUACACCAAGAAAUCUCAUUUAGCCAGACAUCAGAGGACACACACUAAACACACUUGUCCUAGAUGUGGAGAAGGCUUCCAGUAUUCAGCCCUCUUGAGUCAACAUAUGAAGCUUCAUACUGGAAAAACGGACUUUGAGUGUCCAUGUUGUGGAAAAACCUUCACUUCAGAUGUGGCUCUACAAAAACAUCAGAAAACCCAUUCAAAAGACAAGUCUUUCAUCUGUGCAGAAUGUGGGAAAAGUUUUACCUUCUUUUCGCUUUUCAUGAGGCAUCAGACAACACACACAGGAGAAAAGCCUUAUGAGUGUCCAGAGUGUGGAAAACGGUUUACACGAGAUUCACAUCUGGUCAGACAUCGGCGACUGCACGACAACCCAUAAGCUAUAAUCCUUGUGAUAUGACUGAAAACAAUUCCUUGGAUACAUUACCAAGUCUAUGAAAUGUAUUAUUUAUUUAGUGUUUUUUUUAUUAUUUCAUAAAUGUUUCUGGAAUGUGCAUGGUCCUUUAAACUCUAGAUUUAAAUUCCACCUUCUUCUGUUUGUUUGUAAUUUUAUAUUGUCAAUGUAGAAAAAAUAAUAAUCUGCUUUCAAGUUCAUGCAACAAGCAAUGUGGAGGGUUUUACGUUUGGUUGUGAGCCUAAUGACUGAGCAAGUAUAUUUAGUGUUAAUUUAUAAAAGGAAAAAGAAAAAAAAAGGGUGAAGGAGCAGGGUCGGACCCCCAAUAUUUAAUAAGUUUGGUUUCAGAUGGCUGUGAUCUGGCUGCAUGGCAAGAGAAAUAGGGUGACCAAACAUGACAACCAUAAAGUUGGAGCAAACUCCUCGAACUGUAAUGUCUUUAUAAUAGUUUCAGCACCCUAUAGUAGGAUGAUCGCGUGUAGCAGCAGCAAAGAAAAGGAAAAAAUACUCCAGAGAGAUUAGAGAACAAAUAUCUGCCAGGGCCUGAAAAAUAUCAUCAUUGAAGAGUAAUCUAAACCCACUACGUAUUAGUUCCUCUGGUGUCAAAGCAGUUAUCCUCCAUCCUCUUAUAAUGUGCAGUUACCCUAAACCAGCAAGGUGGGAAUGAGGGGUAGAUGUGGAUUUCCAUAAUCUUGGUGUCACGGAUUUAGUGAUCUAGAGCAGGCGUCUGGGACCACUUGGGAAGAACAAACUGUAUUGGACUGUAUUCCAUUGAGGCACCAUUGUAAAACGAAUCUGUUAGUCAAAGUGGCAGCUGUAUGGGAUGGUUUUUGAGAACAAUGCCAUUAUAAGAGAGGAACCGUAGCAACCUGUGCAAAAAAAAAGUGAUGGGUAUAGAAACUGAAGUACUUGAGUGUAGGGUUACACAAUGCAGUUAAGCAAGUCAUCUGGAGGUUGUAUGGAAAUAUUAGAUUUGCAGUUAUUAAAAGGGUCCCAUGGGGAGUAUCGCCUGAAAGAAGAAAAAAAAAAACAUGAUGUCAAGAGGGGUUAAAGCAAAUUGACAAUUCGACCACAUGUUGUCCGUUUGAUGGAUACAACACCCAAACACAAACUUCCUAUGGUUCUAAUAAACUGAACUUGAAGGCUCAAAUUUUGGGAUCAUUUCUACCACUAGUAUUUGGUGAGGUGUACAUAAGGAACAUUCAGUAGAAAGUCAUGAACUACAUCCAUCAGAACAACAUUAAACCCAAAACAGCAUCAUGAAGAGGAAUGGAAUAUUUUUGGGUUACUUCUCCUGCAGGUGGCAUAAGCAGAACCUCCCUGGUGGCAUAAGCUGUAGGAGCAGGGCUUAUUUAAUAGUUGUUUGUAUUAUUUAUGUUGUACAGAAAUAUACCAUUAGAGAUGAUGUUGGGUCAAGCAAUACAACACAUUUUCUCCAGCUGAAUGUAUGUUCUGGUGAGUGAAAUGUAAGAAAGUUGUAGAAAAUAAACCUUUUUUUUACAUGGAGAUUGUCAUUAAUUGUUACUAUGAUGAAAACAUAGGGUA